AUGGCCGCCCUCUUAAGGCGACCAGGCAACCUUGCUCGAUUCUCGAGGAGAGCCACUGACUCCAUCGGCCGGAUUGGACCGUCCUCCGUGCGACUCCCUCAAUCGAAGCUUUCGUCCCUAAUUACAUCGCACCGUGUCCGGGGAUUCGCCACACAAGGUCCUGGUGGCCCGACUCCCCCCGACAACAAAUCCCAGAAUCCUCAGUCCAGCGGGAACGGCCCGGAGAACGAUGGCCGCAAAGAUGCGGAUCCGAACAAGUCCGAAUCGAAGUUGACCGAGACGGAACAGAAACAACUCGAUGAGUUCAUCAAACACAUUGAGUCGCGGAUCCCGGAGUCGCAGCAUGAGUCAACCCAACAAGUCCGGAAGCACUUCAUGAAGAACGGCCUGCCCUCUGAAUUAAAAGAAUUCAUGACAAACUAUAAGGAUGCCUCAUUAAUGGAUUACCUCAGAAUGGUACGGUGGUUGUUCAAGUACGCCAAUGAGCAUGCCGACAAGAUGGCUCGGGAAGAAGUAGCUCGGGACAUGAAAAUCCCCCCCGAGGACCUUAAGAAGAUGAAGGGCCAACAGCAGCCGGAAAAGGAGGGCGAGAAGGAUACCAAGGAGGAGAAGACGGAAGAGCAGAAGAGCAAGGAAGAGCAAGAGAAGGAGAAAGAGAAGCAGCAGGGAAAGAAGGAAAAGAAAGGAAGCCAGCUCCCCCCCCGGUGCGAAGUUGUCACAUACUACGUCUACCGCAGCUUCUUCCCCGGCGAUUCUAGUGUGAGCGAGAUCACCUGGCAGGAAUUCCGUGCCAACUACCUGGAAAAGGGCCUGGUGGAGAAAUUGACCGUUCUGAACCGCAGCCGCGUUCGGGUCGAUCUCAACCGUGAGGCUUCGGCUCAAGCGUACCCAGACUCCAAUGGCCAACCCGUCUCGCAUGUGCAAUUCAGCAUUGGAUCUGUUGAAAGCUUCGAAAUGAAGCUGGAGCAGGCUCAAUAUGAACUUGGUAUUCCCUCUGGGGAGCGGAUUCCCGUUGCCUAUCAUGAUGAAGUUCCCUGGGGCAGUGCCAUUAUGUCUUUCGCUCCUACCCUACUCCUGAUCGGUGGUAUCUUCUGGUUCUCCCGCCGUGCCGGUGCUGGUGGCGGUGGCCAGAGCGGAAUUUUCGGCAUUGGCAAGAGCCGUGCCAAGAAGUUCAACCAUGAGACUGAUAUCAAGAUCAAAUUCGCUGAUGUCGCCGGUAUGGACGAGGCCAAGGUUGAGAUCAUGGAAUUCGUCAGCUUCCUGCAACAGCCGGAACGGUUCCAGAAGCUCGGUGCUAAGAUUCCCCGUGGUGCUAUCCUCUCUGGUCCUCCUGGUACUGGUAAGACUUUACUCGCCAAGGCUACCGCCGGCGAGUCUGGCGUGCCUUUCUACAGUGUCAGUGGUUCCGAAUUCGUCGAAAUGUUUGUCGGUGUCGGUCCCUCUCGUGUCCGUGAUCUGUUCGCAAACGCCCGGAAGAACACCCCCUGUAUUAUCUUCAUUGAUGAGAUCGAUGCUAUCGGAAAGUCUCGAGCGAAGCAAAACUUCGGCGGCGGUAACGAUGAGCGCGAGAGCACUCUCAACCAAAUCUUGACUGAGAUGGAUGGCUUCAAUACCUCUGAGCAAGUUGUCGUCCUCGCUGGUACCAACCGACCCGAUGUUCUUGACAAGGCUCUCAUGCGUCCUGGCCGUUUCGACCGACACAUUGGUAUCGACCGUCCCACCAUGGAUGGCCGUAAGCAGAUCUUCCGCGUUCACUUGAAGAAGAUUGUCACCAAUGAGAACAUGGAAUACCUUGAGGGCAGACUUGCUGCUCUGACCCCUGGAUUUGCUGGUGCUGAUAUUGCCAACUGCGUGAACGAAGCUGCUCUCGUUGCUGCUCGUGAGAACGCUGAUACAGUCGUCAUGAAGCACUUUGAACAGGCCAUUGAGCGCGUCAUUGGUGGUCUGGAGAAGAAGUCCCUCGUGCUGUCCCCCGAGGAGAAGCGAACAGUUGCCUACCACGAGGCUGGCCACGCUAUCUGUGGUUGGUACUUCAAGUGGGCCGAUCCGCUCCUUAAGGUCUCUAUUAUCCCCCGUGGCCAGGGUGCCUUGGGUUAUGCUCAAUACCUUCCUGCUGGUGGUGAUACCUACUUGAUGAACACCAACCAGCUCAUGGAUCGCAUGGCUAUGACCCUUGGUGGCCGUGUCAGUGAGGAGCUCCACUUCGAUACUGUAACCAGCGGUGCCAGUGACGACUUCAACAAGGUCACUCGCAUGGCUACUGCCAUGGUCACAAAAUUUGGUAUGUCCAAGAAGCUUGGAUUCAUCCACUACGAAGAAGACGGACAACAGAUCCAGAAGCCCUUCUCUGAAGACACUGCCCGCAGCAUUGACAUUGAGGUCCGCCGCAUCAUCGAUGAGGCUUAUCAACAAUGCAACACUCUUCUGACUGAGAAGAAGAAGGAGGUUGGCAUUGUCGCCGAGGAACUUCUGUCAAAGGAGGUCCUUGGUCGUGAUGAUCUGAUCCGCCUCCUUGGCCCGCGCCCCUACCCCGAGUCUGGCGAGUUUGCCAAGUACUUCGACGGUAAGGGUGGUGCGACCAUUGCUCCCCCCGAGCCAACUCAGAACCCAGAUGAGGCCUCGGGCAAGGAUCAGACUCCUUUGCCAUGA